AUGUUAGGAACUUCUCAGAAGAGACUCUGCACUUAUAUUUUCUCCCUCAACAUUUGCCGAUGUUAUUCUAUACCGCCCGGAUUUACCCUAGUUCCCUCUUCGGUAAAGAUCCAAGGAACAAAGGAUAAAUUCAAUUUGAAACCAAAGGAUAUUGCUGAUACAUUACAAAAUGAUCCUAAUUUGGCAGACUUUUAUGAAGGGUCCUUUGAAGCCAACGGUCAUUCGACUGAGCAACCCUUUGACCCUUUUGAUUUGUCAGACAUUCCAAUUGAUCAUGAGCCAGCUGAGUUGAAAGGCGAAGAACUCUUACCUCAAUUGCCGAGAGAUAGCUUAAAUCAAUACCAAACAAUGCCUACUGAGCAAUUCAUUAAAUUUAUGAACAAAAAGUCUUUGUCAAGUGACAAUGACCCGUUGAUUUCUGAUAACUUUCUUUCCGAUAUGGUCAAUAAGAAAUUCGAUAAGGAGAAUCAUGUAGUUCCAAACAAUAGAGACAAUUACUUUAAAGACACAACUUCCUGUGACGAGCCAUGGAAAAGGUCUGAAAUGGCUGAGUUUGUGGGAAAUGAUGAUGUUGCUAUUUUAAACCGCCAGCCUAAGCUCAAACAAUUGUCGGAUAUUAUCAAUACGGAGUUGCCCCUGGUGAUAAUAUCAAAGCUGACAGACCCAAGGUUGAAUUUAAGUUUAGAAAAAUAUAUUUAUGAUUAUCUUCCAGACCCUAGAGAACCUGUAAAUAGAUUUGCUAAGAGGUUGCUACUUUAUAAAAAUUCAAGUUGUAUUGUUGUUGGGAAAAAUCAAAAUAUUUUCAGAGAAGUGAAUAUGAGACUUGCCUCCACCUAUUCCAUACCUAUUUUAAGAAGAUUCUCAGGUGGUGGUACGGUAGUUCAUGAUUUAGGUAACAUGAAUUUUUCCUUUAUGUCAUCAAAGGACGAAUUCUCGCGUACUGCUUUCACGAAUGAACUUGUUAAAAAAUGGAACAGCAACAAAUAUACAGAAUUCCAACUUGAUAUAAACGAGAAAGGUGACAUGGUUCGUAAAUCAGAUAUGAAAAAGGUCAGUGGUUCUGCUUUCCAAAUAUCAAAGGGCAGAUCAUUACAUCAUGGUACAAUGCUACUGAACUCAGAUUUGAAGGUUUUAAGUAAAUUAUUAAAAAUUGAUCCAGUAAGAAAGGCAAAUAUUACUGACCGUGCAACGUCUUCUAUCCCAAGUCCUGUUACUAAUACUAAUAUCCCACCCGAAGUCUUCAUUGAUGUAUCUGUUAAUUCCUUUCUGGAGAAGUUUGGAUUGCCCACUAACUUGGAAUCUAAAAUCAAUAAACAUGAUUUUGAUAACUUAAAAGUUCUCAAAACUGGCAACUUAGAGGUUCAGGUCUUGAAAAUAAAUGAUUUACUAGAUCUACCAUCUGAAAUUUGGGAUACGUAUAAACAAUUAAAAUCUUGGGACUGGAUUUUUGGUAAGACACCAAGAUUUCAAAUAGUGAUGUCUUUGGACAAUAAUACCUUGUCUCUGAAGUUUGAUGUUGAUAAGGGUAGGAUUAUCUCUAUGGAAUAUGACUCCAAAUUUGAAAAUGAUAAUCGAUUAGCUGAGCUAACCACUGCUCUAUCAUCCAAGCAUACACCUGUUUAUUUUUCAAUUUUCAGCAUUAGCAAGUAUAUUAAAGAUAAUCAAUUGCUGGAAGAAAUCUCUUGGAAUAUUGACCAAAAGGUUAAUUUGCAAAACAUUGGGAUUAAAGGACUGAACUAG